ACCCCGCGCGCCGCGAGUCAUGGCGGCCGCGGCGGCAUCGACGGCGGCUGCGUCGGCGCCUCCUGCGCUCGGCGGGGCCGCGUUGCUCCACCGCAGCGUGGAGCGCGCCCUGGAGGACGCCUGCCUGUCCGGGGUGCUCAACCUGAGCGGCAGGAAGCUCAAGGACUUUCCCAGGAGCACCGCCAGCUUCGAUCUCUCCGACGUGACGGAGGCGGACCUCUCCCGGAACCGGCUGAGCGAGGUUCCGCUGGACGUCUGUCACUAUGUCUCCAUGGAAACGCUCUACCUGUACCACAACUGCAUCAAGUCGAUCCCGGAUCCCCUUGGAAACCUGCAGGUGCUCACCUAUCUCAACCUCAGCCGCAACCAGCUGGGCUCACUGCCCGUCCACGUGUGCAAGCUGCCCAUGCUCAAGGUCCUGGUGCUGAGCAACAACAAGAUCGGUUCCUUGCCACCCGACAUCGGACAGCUGUGCAGCCUGCUGGAGCUGGACGUGAGCUGCAACGAGUUGGAGGUCCUGCCACCCGAGAUGGGGUCGCUCAGCCUCCUGCGAGAGCUGAACGUGCGGCGCAACCGGCUCACCUGCUUACCGGACGAGCUGUCACGGCUGCCCCUCGUCUCGCUGGACUUUGCGUGCAACCGCGUGACGGAGAUCCCGCUGUGCUACCGCCGGCUACGUGGCCUGCAGGUCAUCCAGCUGGACAACAACCCGCUGCGCCUGCCCCCCGCCCAGGUGUGCGUCAAGGGCAAGGUGCACAUCAUGAAGUUCCUGACGGUGGAGGCAUGCCGCAUCGAGGGCCGCUACGAGCCCUUCGAGACGCCCGAGCAGCUCAAACGCCCCAUCCCCAAGCGUUUCGUGGACAGCUGCGUGGAGGAUUCGGUCCGCGAGCGCAGCUGGAGGCCAGACUCGGGCAUCGUGAGCGACAGCAGCGACAAGAGGUUUGAGACCGAGGAGGAGCCGUGUGCGGAUUCGCCGAAGAAGUCGUCCACCUCCGAUCCGGCGCCGGCAUUGCUGCCCGCCCCCUACUCCUCCUCAGUGGUGGUGGAGGAGGAGGAGGAGAAGCAGCCGCCCCUGGUGAACGGUUCGGCGCCCGGCGCGCGCCACGAACACGACCGAGCGGCGAGCGCUCGCGAGGCUGCCGGGGUGCCCGUCAAGGAGCCGCCGCCCGCCGCUCUCCCAGGCCACGUCACGGGCAGGACAGAGGCCACGUCGAACUCACGCGAGCCGCCCGCCAUGGAGCCCCACCGGAGCGGCGCUGUGCAGUGGGAAGGGGCGUCGAGCGGAGAGCAGAGCGGCGCGGACGCGCACAGGAAACUCGCGAAGAUGGACUCCAUCCCCGAGGGGGAGCCACAGGCCAGCGGGGACAACGGAGGAGACCGCGCAAGUCCAUCGUCUCAGCACGCCAUGGCGGCCGGACAGGGAGGGGCGUACAGCACCGCCGCGGCAAGCAAUGGUCCUUCAGGAGCACGAGCCUCCUCAUCCUCACCACCAGCACAGGAGCGUGCGGCAAGUCACAGUGGCGACUGGCAUCCGUUUGGCCUCAAGCCUCGCUCAGCUGCCCGCUCGCUCGCUUGCUCGCUCGCUCGCCCACCGGCACUCCUAAAAUCAGCCGACGCGCCACCGCCCGCUAGCGCACCGCCACAGCCACCGGCACCGCCAUGCACCGCCGUUGCAGCCGGCGCACGCGUGAACGGCCACGGGAGCCCGCGGCGCCCCCCCCCGCCACAGAGGCCGCAGAACGGCGCCGAGGGGGGAGCCCCCCAUCCGGCCACCGCCACCCCGACCAGCGACUCUCAGGCGUUCAGCCUGCAGAAGAGCCGGCUGCAUCCGCUGAUACCGGAGAACCCCAACUUCACUGUGCGGAGGAAGAUGGAGCAGAUGAAAGAGGAGAUCAAACUCAUCGAGCAGCUGAGGGAGAACAUCGAGUCGCGGCUGAACCGGUGCCUCCCUCUCGACAUGGGCUCGGCGCUCAUGGACGGGGUGAUGCUGUGCAACCUCGCCAAUCACGUCCGCCCACGCUCCGUGCCCAUCAUCUACGAGCCGUCCCCCGCCGUGCCGCAACUCUCCAUGACCAAGUGCAGAAAAAACGUGGAGAGUUUCCUGAACGCCUGUAAAAGGAUUGGCGUUCCCAAGUCGGCGCUGUGCUCGCCGUACGAGCUGACGCAGGGGAACCUGUCGGCCAUACACGUGACCGUGUCGGCGCUGCUCGAGCAGGCCGAGCCGCGGCCGCUGGGCGCCGACGCGGACGCGGCCCUCGUGGCCAUCCCUCUGAUGGGCCGCCGGCCCGUGCACGAGCUUGUCGGCUUCUGUCUCUUCUACCUCCUCGCCAUGCUGAUGCUGCUCUACGCGCUGCACGGGGUCUCCCUGUUCUAGCGCCGAUACGUCCGCUCGCGCGCGUCGGGGUGCUCGGCGCGGUCGGAGGUCCCCGUGCCCCCCCCCCGCGCUUGAGGGGUCCCACGAGAGGCAGGCCCAGGGCCAUCGUCACUACGGAGACGACCCCGACUGCUGCCCACGGAGAGGCCGCGGGGCAGCCAAUCGUGCGCCGGCAUAUAUACGCGGUCGUCAACGCUACGCUCCGCGAGCAAAACCACCCAAUGACACGCUCCGUUGCAGCCCCCGUGACUCUGCCGCUUUGGCGAACGCUCGCGCGUGAUUGGCUGCGCUCGCCACCCCCCACCCCCCCCCACUCGAUGCGCUACCGGCUCCAGCCGUGCGGGCCGAGUGGGUUCCACGCGUUCUGAUCCCCCAGGGCUUUUCCCCCUCCCGUCAUUGUGCUCAUAUCUCUGUGUCGCUGCCCUCCUCCUCGUCCAUUCAUCCUCCUCCUCUACUUGUUGGUCGUCUUCUGCCAAAGUUUUCUAAACGCAUCGCACAAUAAAUGAUGCCCAUAUUUAUUUAUAGACAAGCAUGGUGUACAUGUUAUAAAGUGCUUUGUGUAAUUUCCCAUCACCGUAAACAUCGUAUUUAAUAUCGUGUACAGUAAUGUUUCCCACCCCCACCCCUUUCACUUUGUUUAUUCCAUUCAAGUUGUAUUGUUGUUUUUGUUACAUUAUUUAUAGUUUAAUAUAAUCGUAUGCCAAGGAUGCAUUACACACGCUAUUUUGUUCUGCUUUUGUACAGUGACUCACCGUUUUGUUUCGGCUUCACAGUCUUUAUUUAAAGUGAACACACUACUAAUUUCACUUGGCAUGACACCUCCUGUCUGACUUUGGGUUCCCAUCAUCCCCCCUCCCCAUGUCCACUCGCGUGCCCUCGUGUCCUCCAAGCUUCCUCAAGUCCCUCCCCUUGUCGUUCUCCCACGUGUCCCCACAUGCGGUGUCUUAUUCCAUUUCCGCCCUCCGCACCAACCCCCCCUUCCGCGUACCGCCUUAAUGAAGCGUCUGACACCCCUGGUUCCUCCCGUUUCCCCGCUGUCCACCCGUCGUUGCGUGCACAUAGCCAUUCCAAGCUUUGCACUUGCCAUUUACGAUUAAUCAAAAAACAAUGACGAGGACUCACAAAGCAGAGCAAAGAGACAAAAUGAGCGAAAGCUGACCCGACUUUCGCCGAAAAGCGGACGCUUCUCCUGCGUGGCUGCCCCAAGUGGUGGGGAGGGGGGGGGGUGGUGCUUUCACAUUCCCCCUCUCGCUUUGCUUUUGGCGGACGUUCACAACGGCUCCGGCGGACGAGACGGCGUGUUCACGGCCAGAGCCGUGCCUUCCUCGCCGCUGGCGCCUCACCCCCUUGCCUGUUUGUAACCCCGAGCGGUCGACCUCCGUUAGGACACAGAGCCCAACUUUUGACGUCUUAUCUUCGUACGUGCUGUACGUUGCGUUGAACUUCUUUCGCACCGGACGUAGCCGGCCGUGCUAAUCGGAGGUGCGGGGGGUGGGGCGGAAGGACAACAAGCUGAACACAAAAACCAGUUCUGAAGAAAAUCGUUUUCAGGCUAGAUUUAAAAGUGAUGGUCCGAUGUGUUUUUUCUUAGUUCACUAAAGGCUCGCCCGUGCCUACUUAAAUGUUAACUCUCGCACUAGUUAUUGUUUUUUUAAAGCACUACUACAGUAGAAUUCUGCAGCCAUAGUUGUGAAACAAUCUCAGUGGAACUCCGCCAUGCCUCCUUGUGUGCCAAAAAAAACCUCGCACGCUCUCACAGUGGCUUCCUUCCACGGCUGCUAACCCACUUUUCACGGGCUUUGACCUCGGGGGAGGUCAAAUCCUGAGCGCGGAUUUCUCAAUCGGAACGCAGCAAGCCGGGGGGCCGUACUUUCUCCCCGGUGAGUGGUACCUCCAUUCAGCGCUUUCCGGAAAAGUUCGACCGCGCGACGAGCUGCGGGAACGCUCGUCGCUCGCGGCCACAGUGGCUUGCAGCAGCAGCAGCAGCAGCAGCAGCGCUAAGCGCGCCCUCCGCGUUCAUGAAGUCGUGCCCCAGGGUAAAUUGGGGGGACUUGGUUAACGCGCAACUCACCGCAUGGCUUCUCCUUUCCGUAAGAGAAGCCGAGCAGCGAGUCCUGGGCUGUGUGAGACUCGGCGGCGUCGCGCGACCUUGGCGAAGUGCUGGUUACAGGUUGGCUUCGGAGCGGUUCUGCUAACUUUAAAUGCUUUGGUUGUCGGGAGUAAACAAAACAAAGAAAACCCGCUAAGAGUGCCCGAGCGGUCGGUCUGGAAGCGACCGCGCGUGAGGCGUCACUGCAAACGCCUCUUCUUGCUGCUGUGGCCCUACUGCGGUCGGCUGAUCCGCUGUUUCUAUAUGCAACGUGCUCCUCUUCACACCUUAACACGGAUAUGAAUGUAGGGCACCUUGAAGAGGCCCUCUCUUGAUGUCCACCGUGCAAUUGACGUACAUUUUCCCAACGGAGGGGGGCGGGCGGGGGGGGGGGGGGGGGUUCGGGCAAGGUUUCCCGACCGCUUGUGAAGAUUGGAUGUUGCUCGCGAUGUAACGCCGCGCAAAGUGGAAAGUGUGACGCUGGUGCGUGGGUGUCUGUUGGUGCGACGGGAGCCGUCGAUGCAUUAAGCCGUCGUCCCCACCCCCCUCCCGAGUCCUGACUGAGCCGGUGGCCGUUGUUUUGAACCCAGAAACCCUUUGUGCAGAGAUCAAAAGUGGGAAGUGUUGCAAUGUCAGCGAAAUACAAUCGCGUGCGGCGCAGCGGAGAGCGAUCCGGCCGCGCCGACGCUCUGAGAUCGCUUUCACGCGCGCCCUGAAAAUGAUGCCUUUUCCUGCUGCACUGCUUGAGUGUUGCUUUGCUUUGGGACGCUUGAGACCGCGACUAACAGAACGGAGAGGGACCUGCGUUUUCAAACGAUCGCCUUUCCCUCCCGCCCAACCCCGACGGACGGCCGCCAUGGUGGUGCUGCCCGAUACGCCGAAGCAGCGGCUCGGAGCUGACCCUGCCGAGGGCGCGCGGCCGUUCGUACGUAUGUGUGUAUGUUGAACUUCUUUCGCACCGUACGUAGCCCACCGUGCUAAUCGGAGGUGCGGGGGGAAAAGGACAAUAAACUAAGCACAAUAUGCAGUUCUAAAGAUUAACGUUUUCGAUCUAGACGAUUUAAAAGUGCAUAGCUCCAGUGGCUUUCUAAUAUCGGAAGGAAGAGCGUUCCAGACGGCCGGAGAAGCGCAGCUGAAAGGGCGCAAAUGCGGUGACCGUCUUUGUUCGAUAGCCAAAAGCCGUAAGUAGAGCCCCUCCGACCCUAUGCGACCCCUUCCGAUCGCUGCACUGACACCCACAGUGGUGCAUGGCUCGCUGUGAUCACCCCGUGUAGCCACUACAUCGCUCCUGGGGUCCACUGCGACACCACGCUCCCCUUUCGCGGCCAUUAAAACACAGGUCGCUCCUUGCGCCCGCUGCGCUUUGUCCGAUCACGUGGCUCGGCCAAACUAACCUUCGGCGUGCGUGCGUGCGUGCGUGCGCGCUCUGGCACAAGUGUAGUAAUAUUUCUCCCGAUUUUUUUUGUUGUUCAUUCUAAUUGUCAUUUACUAUAAAUAGUGCAAACGAGGUUCCACUGGCCGGGGGAAUUGUGCUCCGAAGUUGGCGCUUCGAUGCGUUUGUUUUACGGGAAGAGCAUUCGAAGGGCGCGCUGAAGCACGUCGCUUUCACUGCCUCGCGCCACGCCUUCGACGCCCGCGCGGCAAAAAAAAAAGACCGCUUGCGUUGCCGCCGUGCGAACACCAAAACCGAACGGUGAACAACAACGGAGAGUGAAAAGUGUGCUCACAGACGGGCGAGGUAGCAAUGUAAAACGUUGUGGGAAAAAAAAAAAAACGCCAACCAGACCCUCACCUUGCCCCCGAGCCCAAAUCAAACCAGUCUGCCAAAUUCUAGCCCUUGUAUAACCAAUAUCCGUAACUCCAUCUUUGGCACAACGUUUUGUUCACUGUCGAUGUACGGUGUUAUCACGAGCAUAAUUCUGCCCGUGGAGCCACCUGUUUGCCGGUCGCCGUGAUUAAAAGCAUGUUCCUCACUCGUUAACAUGGCCCCGUGUCCGUGAUGCCCCCUCCUCCUCCCGAUCUCUCCCUGCAUGUGACCGCCCCUCCAUCACGCCCAGGAGCGCCUCUGCCUCCCGCAUGACAUUCUGGAAGAGAAGGGCCUGGCCAAGGUGGGCCUCACGGUGCAGACCCUGCUGGAGAUGGCCCACGCUCGCUAGCUCCCCCACGCCCCCCGGUGUCAGGCAACGCGGUGGCCAAACUCCAUCCGGUCCGCCCGUGCGAUGCUCCCCUCGCGGUGUGAGGGCAUGAGAGAUGGGCCGUCGGCCAGGACGAUGGGCGGCUUUCUCGGCCGUGAUCCUCCCCAUGCCUGCGGGUUCACCUGUCAUCCCAUUCUCUGCACGAGUCGCCUUGUUUCCAUCGUCUUGUCUGGCCCCCUCGUGCCCUCUCCCGUCGCUUGUCUCGGGAGUCUUUCCUUGUCGGUGCCCUCCUCCCCGCGCCCGCCUUCUCGAGCCCACGGAGCGGCCUCGAACAACACGCGCGUGACUUUCCUCUUGAGUGCCGUGUCGUGUCACAGCACAGAUUUCGUCGGUUGAUUUUCACACUUGCAGGCACGAGCAGUUAUUUCCGUGUGCAUUAUUUUAAUCAAAACUGCUCCUGCUCUGCUUCGCACCCAAGGCGGGAUUUUUUUUGUUGCUGUUGUUGCAAGGACGCUUGCUCGUGUAUUUAGGAAAACACACGUGCGUGUGUGUAUUCGUGUGUGGUUUGUGUACCUAGCAGCAGUCACGGUGGAGUCGGAGCGGUAAAUGUGUCCGCUAUGCAAGUACGCCGUGCUUUGUGUGCGCUGUUCACAACAGUCGUCGUGUCACGUAUUUCACCGUCAUUUCAAACAUUCCACCUCCUCGCUCUCCUUCCCUUUUCAUAAACACAUUUUCCAUCUCCAUCCCAAAUCGAGCUGAAUCUAAUCUAUAAGAUGUAACAACGAGUCUGACAGUGUGUCUAUUGCUUCUCAUGAUAUAUAUUUUGUAUGUUUCGCUGUGCUCACGUUAAGAGCAAAUCUGUAAGUGAUAAGUAAUGCAGAUCUUGUAUCAGAUGUUAGUGCUCAAGGUUUUUUUUUUAUAUAAUCCCAAUAGGCCCUUUCGUCGGAGACGGGCCUACCGCAUUGUUUGGCUGUCGAGAAGAGUCCCCCCCCCCCCCCUUAAAGCACACACGUGGUUAAAAAGAAGUAUUUCCCACCGCAUGCCAAGUCGUGGCGCGAAUUAUCAAAUCUCAUGGCACAAAACACAAAAAAAUCCCAACUGUGUGAAGGCGUCUGCAGGAACCGAGUGGAGGGAACUUUUGGUGUCCAUUUUGGGAUCUUUUUUCCCCAUCGCAGAGAUAAUCGUCGUCCCUUGGGGGGGUAAAUCUGUCGUACUUUCGGUUUUCGUCAAUCGACAGUAACAAUAUCAGCACGUCCUGUUUCCGAGUUCAUUUUUGUUGUUUGUGCGUGACAGUGGCUGGUUUGAAAUGUUUUGUUUUAAAUGUAUUUCCAACGGAUAGACUGAACCUGAUGUUUUUACUCGAAAUCGCCAACAAACACCAAAUACGUUUUGAUUUAAAGUUUUCGUGACUGCAGGGAUUCAUAUUCUUGGUUCUUUCGGUGUUCACACCUGAUGAUGAUUGCUUGUGUUGCAGUCGAAACGUCGUGAGAAUUGUAUUGUUUCAUAUUUUUAUUAUUUUAUGGUUUCCCUUCUACGUGACUUUACCAAAAGAACCAAGAAUAUAAACACCAAAUAGUUGGUGUUCUCGCAUACAGCCACGGCAAAAGGCGCUUUUGUUGGGCGGUACAGAUGUCCACUUGGGCCGAUAAGACACCAUCAGUGUGAGUGUAGGGGGGGAGGUGUUGACGGCACGAUGUGUUUUCACAUUCGUGCGUUGUCGGGGAGGCCACACGUCAGGGGCCGCAACUAAAGGCCACCAGGGGCCCGCCAGUCGCCCACCAGUUUCCUGCCUGGCCUUGCAAUGAAGAGCCACGCUGUCUUUGGAUGAUCGUUUCUAAUCGACCUUGCCGCUCAUUUGGGCACAGUCUGUGUCGUGCACUAUGGGCCGAACCCCCCCCUCCUCCCCACCCGGACUUAUUAGAAUUCCGCUGACACUUUCUGACGUUCACUGCAGCUCCCACCUGAUGAGCGGGCACGCGUUGUGGGUGGACUGGUAGAAGGAGGGGGCGGGGUGGGACAUGACUGGCACGCGAGGCCUACAUCUGGCUAUCCGGCCUAACCGGGACACGGGGGAGGCAGUUGUCCAAGGGCCGCGUCCCCACAGGCCCAGCUGUGAGACGCUGUGGGGGGCGGGGGAGGGGUACGUGAGAUCGGCCUCCACUUAGUUGGUGUAGGCCAGUGGUUUUUAACGUCUUAACCAGAGGGUGCGAGAUGCCCUUUCUGGGGGGGUGCGAGACAUGGCCAGAUUUUUUUGUUUAGAAGGUAAAUCAUCCAAACACAUUAAGCACGGGCAAGUUAAGUACAACUUACUGUGUCUCAUGGAACCUACGCAGUAACGUAUAUUUUGUGUUUACGAUUGAGAUCCAAAGGAGUGCAAGGUUAAGAACCGUAUGAGCAACUGCGCGUUCUGCGAAUUCGCUAAUUCUCCUGCGCUGUCCCCCACAGUUUGGAACUCCCUACCCCAGCCAAACCUCCCUGCCCCCUGUUCAAGGAUCUUCCUUGUUUUGCCUCUGCCCACGACUGCUUAUCUACGUAAUAAAUAUCCACAACGGUUUUUUUUGUAGUCUUGAUAAGCAGCCGGUGAUUUAAUUCCAAAUUAUAUCGCUCCCUGUGCUUCCCCAUCCUCGCCCUAAAUAAGAGCACGUGCUGAUCGUGUAUAUAGGCACCACACUGAGUUGGAACUACACGUUCAGUGGCGACUUUACCUCGCAUAGCCCAGGGCCGUUCCUCUUGAAUUUCCUUAUUUCAGUCAGGGGCUUGUGUAAUUUUUAUUUAUUUGACAAUGUUGCAUUAGCCGAUAAUUUUUAAAUGAAGUGUUUGGUCUUUAGCCACAGUAAUGAUUUUAUUCCGACUGGGAAUUUUGAACUAGGAGCGGGGGUGUUGGGUUUGUGUAAAAUUUCCAAUUUUAUUUUAGUUUUGCACAAUUAUCGACCUGCAGUUGCUUUUAAUUCCACGGAAUUUACCGUACACCGAGUAGCGGAAUUCCAAAUGUUGGGUCUCGAUGUAAAAUUACGUUCGAAAACGUUAAUACCAUGUUUGUGAAUAUCGUUUUGUUUUAUGAGCAAAAAAAGACGCUUACCCACUUUAGCACAACUUUAAAUGUUCCGCAGGUGGCUCACCUUGUGGGCCCAGAGUCAUCUGCUCUGUUGAACAUUAGUGUUCAGUGACAAGAUCAUGAGUGCAUGGCUCUGGUUAAGAGAUUAUUUUUUUUUAAAUAUAAUGACGGAAGGUGUUAAAAGGUAUCCCCCCGUGUUAAAGAGAUGUUAUUCCCCAGUAAUUCCUCCCAAUUGAUAUAAUGCCUUACCCAGUGCAGUUCCACCAAUGCUACAUUUUGACCAAAGCUUGUCCAUCCGUUCACUUGGGUUUCAUAGCUGGUGGUUGGUGGUUCCCAACCAGUUGGGCCGUGGGCCACGCAUGCUCGUUUGGUCAAGGCCGUGGGAAGAGUUUCGUGACAUUUCUUGCAGAAUCUACGAUUCGGUCGUUUUAAUCGAAAAGGGGCGCAAAAUAAGUUGGUACCCGGGUCAGGAGAGUUUGGGAACCACCUGCCCAUAGAUUGUACUAUACAAUGUGUUCCGUUAUGUGUGUGUGUAUAUCGUCUAACCGACAUAAUUCGUUAAAGCAAUUGCCAUCGGAUGCAUUUCUUGCAUUCUUCCCCCCCACCCCACCAACUUCUUCAGUGCUUAAUUUAUCGUGAAGCAGUUUAAAAACAAACAAAAAAGUGCCUACAGCAUAUGCAAUGUGUUUCUGGGAGCUUCUAGCCCUCGGCACUGCUGCGCUUGGGGAGCCGUCCGUCGGCAGUGCGCGAAGGGCCACGGCGUCGCUAACUCCACGUUUGGGUUUCACCGCGGUCGAUGACCCCCCCCCACAUCACCCCCCACCCCCCCACAUCACCCCACCCCCCACAUCCCCCCCACCCCCCCCCAUGUCCCCUCCCCACCCCUUCCCGGCUUUCGAGUCCUCAAUCCGCCAACGCUCGACGCUACGCGUUUACAAGUAUACUCGACUCCCGUUAGAAAGUGUUGGAUAAAUUGAGCAGGUAUGCUUUUGCCUAUGCGUACGGUGUAUUUUUUUGUGUUCCAAAAAAAACAACGUGUGUGGAUCGUGUCGUAUAUUUAAGGCAAUUACGCUUAUCAUACGCCGCAUGGGUUAAACACCACGCAAGGAGCACUUAAUGUAUGUGUGUACGGACGUUGAACUUUAUUUCGCACCGUACAUAGCCAACCGUGCUAAUUGGUGGUGCGGGAGGUAAGGACGGCAAACGAAACACGAUUAAAGCAGUUGGAAGAAAACGAGAUUUCAAUCUAGAUUUAAAAGUGCGUAGCUCCCAGUGUAUUCCUACUAUCGGAGGGAAGAGCGUUCCAGACGGCCGCAGUAGCGCGUCUGAAAGAGCGCGAUGCAGGCAGUGACCGUCUUUGUUCGAUGGAUAGCCAAAAACAAUUCCCACGCUGAGACCGUAACUGUGGUGUGGUCACUGACAAAGCCCAGAGGCUAAGGGGGCAAUGCCAUCAUCAGCCUCUAAUAAAAACGACGGGUGACCAGUGUGCGCACAACCAGGCUUGCCCCCUUGGAAGUCUGCAUGUUUGAUUGACUUCCAUCACCAGAGGCGAAGGUAGCCAGCCGUGCAUUGUCGGUGGGCACAGCGACACGGGUAGCCACACACAGUGGCUACUGAGCGAUGCCGGCAACAAGCGCGCAGCCGUGGUGACCUCGUGCACUUCCACAAAGUGCACCCAAAUGCAUGGACGCAGUCGUGACCACUCGCGGGAGAUUGCGGAGUUGUUGUGUAGACAGCCUUGCCCCUCCGAGCGAUCUCGCAUGGUUUAACAAAACCUAAUUUCACUUUAAAUACAAGUUAUAACGAGAGUGUUAGGAAAUUAUUAAUAUAUACAAUUAUUGGGGUAGACUCGUGGUGCGGUGUUAGAUCUAUUUCCACUUCCUGCUAACAUUGGCGGGGAGAGAUAUCUGAACCGGUUCGAAUCUCAGGAGCAAAGUAAAGUUGAACCUGGAUGGGGGGUGGCCACCAACAAGGUGUUAUAGGUUGUGGGUGUACAUUAUCAGGAGAGUGCAGUGUAGCAAAAUCUUCUGUACUGUAAUGCUAUGCUGGAAUACUGACCAGCGUGGUGAAGUAUGGUCCAACCACACCCACGGCAUGGAAAGGCCUUCAUUCAACAGUGGAUUAUCGAGGGGCUGUAAAUUCAAUCAAAACCAUACAUAUAAUUACCGAAACGAGCAAUUAUCAAUAACUUAAAUUAUAAAUUAGGUUCUGUAAAGCCAAGUGACAACAGUUUAUUCUACUCUUAUCGAUAUUAAAUCAAUUUACACCACGUACAAAAAAAGCCUUUAUUAUAACUGAAUGCAGUAAUUUACAGUGCAGUGUGUUUGUGCAAGCAUGGUCCAGUGGCCAAGUUCCAUAAACGCCGUCCUUCCUUAAAUGACGCAUGGGCAUCGAAUAUCCUCGCCAUGCGCAUUCGGCACACGUGCGGGCAUGCGAGAGGCGUUCGUCUGCAUUGGGCAUGUAAUGAUUCACUCAAAAAAAUUAAUAUAUAAAAUGGUCGUUAUUCGAUUUAUUUUAAAUGUUUGCAAUUUUACGAUAUUUUUGUUUUAUAUUUCUCGGUUUCUUUUUGCCGUCUCGGGUGUGUGAAGUUUUGUUCAGGCCAUUAGUCUAAAUGCGCCGGCGUGUCAUUUUCGUAAAAUUCGAAUAAUAUAUUCAAUUAUCGUAGGCACAGUUUGAUUAAUCUCUCAAUGUAUUCAUCGGUGCGCCAUUACAUGCCUAAUCAGCCGGUAAGAAGUGUGAGCCUAAAACUUUCCACAAAUCUAAAAGCAAUUACAUGACACACGCUUUGAUAUUUCCUAAGCGGAAGUUAUUUCAAUUCAUUAUUCGCAAACAUGCCUAGAGACUCUGCACCCUUUACUCGACCAGUGGUGACACUGCACAUGACACUUCGGGUGUCCCUUGUGAAUGUACCAUCUCGUGUAUUUGCGUGCUUGGUGUGAUUAUAAUGAGUACGCGGAUCUCUGUGCCCCCUGAUCUGGCUAUUGCGGAUAGCGGAUUGAGCCAGCACGUUGCCCAGUGCUUCGGAGGAACACGGCAUUCAUGGAUUAAUUACUCCAUUCACCUUUCUCCGCGUUCAUCGACCUGCUUCUGAUGAUGUACCACAGUACAGCCCACCGCGUUGUAAAUAUGUACAUUGUUAUGAACAGCAGACCCACUCCAGCUGUUUUAACUUGAAUAAAACAAAAAUGUUCUUUA